GUGUGUGUGUGUGUGUGUGUGUGUGUGUGUGUGUGUGUUAGCCUAUAUAAAGAGUUUGUCUUGUGUUUUGGUUUCAGAUCGACUUCAGGAUGACGACGAGACAAUUGAGGUGGUUGUUUCGUCAUCAGUUCAUUGAACCAGAAGACUCGCCAAAGACAUCUCCCAUGUUCGAUGAGCCGUGGAGGAACAUAUCCUGGGGAGACACCGCGAGCAGUCUGCAGUACGUUCAGAACUUUCAACCGGAGAACAAAGACAUCAGUCAUCUCCGGAUCCUUCUGUACGGACCCAUCGCGGCCGGGAAGUCCAGUUUCAUCAACUCUGUGAGCAACGUGAUGCGACGCAGGAUGACCUGUCCAGCAUUAGUCAGUAGUUCGGUCCAAUCAGGACACAGUUUCACCAAAAAGUUUCAGACUCACAAAAUCAGAAGGGGACAAGGAAACCCCAGAACGUUCUGCCCGUUUGUCUUCAAUGAUAUCAUGGGUCUGGAGGACGGUGAGGGCGAGGGAGUCCGAGCUGAAGACCUCAAUCUGGCCCUGAAAGGACACGUGAAGGAGGGGUACAAAUUCAAUCCGGUGUCUUCACUGUCCAAUGACGAUCCAGACUACAACUCCGCCCCCUCUCUGGAUGACAGAGUCCAUGUUCUCGUUUGUGUGCUCUCCGCCGCGUAUGCAGAAGUGAAGGAGUCAAUUCUACAGAAAAUGGCCAACAUCAGAGAGGCAGCCAGCAACCUUGGGAUUCCUCAGAUGGCGAUCAUCACGAAUAUCGAUCAGGCGUGUGAGGAGACGGAAAAGGACCUGAAGAACGUGUACAAGAGCAAACACCUGAAGAUGAAGAUGAAAGACUUCAGUGCAGCCGUGGGAAUCCCGCUGAACUGCAUCUUUCCUGUGAAGAACUACAGCGAAGAGAUUGAGCUGAAUGACAACGUGGACGCUCUGAUCCUGAGCGCUCUGAGACAGAUGAUCAACUUCGGAGACGACUUCACUGACAACAUGUAAAACAGAGAACCAUCAGUUAUAAGGGUUUAUACACAUUUGAUGAAUGUUAUAAUUUCCUUUGACUUUAUGGCAAACUUUCAUGACCUUACAUUCAUAGCCUAUAUAACAUUAAAGACAACCGAGGUGUCAUAACACAUCAACCCAUGCUCUCUCUUGUUGCGCUGCUUCAUGAACACACAUACUCACCUGCUCUUGCUCUCUCCCCGAAAACAUUUGCAUCUUGCAGAAUGUACCUGCUCAUUAUGAGUUUAUCUUCAGAUUCUCAUUACCUGGUUACACCUGUAAAUAAAAGUCCACUGAUUGGGCCUUCAACACAGAA